UUUUUUUUUUUGAAUGAUUGAAUGCAUGAAUGAAUGAAAAGAAAAAAAACAAAUUUCUUUUGUUUUUUCCUAUUCUAAUCAGAAUAGUUUAAUGUUUCUAGAUGUAAAUGAGUGCUUUACCUUCUUCAUCUUAUUCUGCGUAUUCACCACCACCGUACAUAAAAACAGUAGAUGAGACAAUAUCUAUUCCAAUAUCUUCCGUUUUAAAUGAAAAUAACAUUACUCAAAAUCAUCACAAUUAUCAACGCAUCUGCUAUCUAUGUAAAAACAAAAGUUUGCCCUCUAAUAUAACACGAGAUUUAGGACCUUAUUUAAUCCAUCAUUCUCGACCAGGUUUAGUGCAAUUAUGUCCUUGCUUAUAUACAGCUCAUCUUAUUUGUCUAAAGAAAAUGAAUAAAGAUUAUACAUGUAAUCAAUGUAACUCUAUCUACAGAACAAAGCGCAGCAUUGGGAUUGCCCAGUUUUUAUGUGUCAUCUGUCAUCUUUUAAGUUUGUUAUCCGCAAUAGGGCUUGUAUUUGGUUUAUCUCAAUUAGGUAGAGCUCUUGAUGAGCUCGGUCUGGGGAGUGAAAUGGGGCAAAAACUGGAUGGAGAUGAAAAUUGGCAAGACCAUGAGAUGUUAGAAAUUGUCAAUUGGCUUAACACCGUUCAUUUUGCUACUGGUUUAGCAGGGGGAGCAUUACUAGGACUAGUUUAUAUUGUUGGAGUUAGUCUUGUGAUUAGAUUAGAUAGAACUUUAAUUAUGAUAUCCAAUAUUCUAUACAUUCGUUUGGAUCCUUUAUUAAAAUAUGACUCAGCACUUAAAAAAUGGCUUAAUAUAACAUGUGUUUAUAUCUGUCUCUUCAUUCUGGGCCUCACUUUAGGCACUUAUUUAUUGUUCUUCUCAUGGAUUUGGGCAAGUGUAUUACAUCAUAUUAGAAAACGUAUGUUGAAUUUUAGAAGUUAGUUUUUUUUUCUUUUU